GGUUGCUUUUAUGCAUCUCUGUGCCUCUAUGUUGCUGCCAGAGCCAAAGUGAAGGAGAAGAAGAGGAGGCUGGAGACGUCUUUUGCAGAGGGGCUUGGGCAGAAAUCCUGAGACAUGGCAACUGCAGGGAAGGUUAUUAAAUGCAAAGCUGCAGUCAUCUGGGAAGCAGGCAAACUACCUUCUCUUGAAGAAGUUGAGGUGGCACCUCCAAGAACCCGUGAAAUUCGAGUGAAGAUAGUAGCCACCGGGAUCUGCCGGACAGAUGACCAUGUAGUAAAAGGUAUUUUUCCUAACAUCGAAUACCCCGUUAUUGUGGGCCAUGAAGGAGCUGGUAUUGUUGAAAGCAUUGGACCAGAAGUCACAUGUGUAAAGCCAGGUGAUAAAGUCAUUCCUUUAUGUAUUCCCCAAUGUGGAGAAUGUGCCUCCUGUCUGAAUCCUAAAUCAAAUUGUUGCCUCAUAGGACACCUCUGCCAAUCUCAGAAUCUGAUGCCAGACAAAACAAGCAGAUUUACCUGCAGAGGGAAGCAAGUUUACCACUUCCUGUGGACAAGCACCUUCUCCGAGUACACAGUCAUGCCGGAGGCUUCCAUUGUGAAGAUCGACGAUGAUGCUCCUCUGGAAAAAGUCUGCCUGUUUGGCUGUGGGUUUUCUACUGGCUAUGGUGCUGCCAUCAAUUCGGCCAAGGUUGAACCUGGUUCUACCUGUGCUGUCUUUGGUUUGGGAGGAGUUGGUCUGUCUGUUAUUAUAGGCUGCAAAGCAGCUGGAGCAUCCCGGAUUAUUGGGGUUGACAUCAACAAAGAAAAAUUCGCUAAAGCGAAAGAGUUAGGAGCCACCGAAUGCAUUUCUCCUAAUGAUUUCAGCAAACCCAUUCAUAAGGUGCUUGUGGAAAUGACUGGUCUUGGCGUGGACUAUUCAUUUGAAGUGAUUGGGCGUAUUGACACAGAGGUAGCUGCUCUUGCCUCUUCCUGCUUGGGUUCUGGAACCUGUGUGCUGGUAGGAGCACCACCUGCAGGGUCGCAGCUCGCUUUCGAUCCGACACUGCUCCUCACAGGGAGGAAGCUGAUUGGGUCCUUAAUAGGAGGAUGGAAGCUAAAAGAUGCUCUCCCCAAACUAGUUUCUGAUUACAUGAACAAGAAAUGUAAUCCAGAUGCAUUAAUAAGUCACAUGUUGCCCUUUGAGAAAAUUGCUGAAGGCUUUGAGCUGCUGCAUGCAGGUAAAAGUAUUCGUUCUGUCCUGUUGUUUUAAAGUUCCAAAGGCAACCAGUCAGUGGGGCAUCAGCAGAACAGAACAUCUUCUUCUUUAGAUCCUUCAUGUACCGGAUGAAAUUCAACAGAUAUUUACAUUCACAAAAUUUUCAAUGAACACCAAUAUAUUUUAAUAAUAACAUAAUAAUAACAUUUGAUUUAUGUAUCACCCUUAAGGCCUACUCAGAGUGGUUUACAAUGUGUGUUGUUAUUAUCCUCACAACAAUCACCCUGUGAGGUGGGUGGGGCUGAGAGAGCUCCGAGAAGCUGUGACUGACCCAAGGUCACCCACCUGGCUUCAACCGGAGGAGUGGGGAAUCAAACUCAGUUCUCCAGAUUAGAGUCCUGCCGUUCUUAACCACUACACCAAACUGGCUCUCACCAUCCAUUUUUGCAGCCAGCAAGAGGCAAUUCCUAUGUUAACUGUACCUGUAAGGAAGGACCACAGGAAAAAAAAACACGUGGUAGGCUUCUGUCAUGAUGAAUUGAUCUCAGACUAGUAACUAGUAGCAAGCUCAGUGGCGGCUGCUGCCGAGGACCACAGGACAAGAAAGGGGUGAUGAACUUCUUUCUCCUCAUGUCACUCCCCUGCAUGCAUACCAUCAGUCCUUGUUCCCUAAGCUAGGCUCUGGAACAAAAAUUAGCUUCCCACCAAAGAGAAAAAGAUCUGAUGUGUGUCUGCUUGACACAUCCGAAUACCACCAUCUGCUUCUUCAGCAAUGACCCACACUUGAAGAGUUCAGUGGCCUUUGACUGGAGUAACUGUGUUGCAAUGCAGCUAUAAUUCUCCUUUCCAUUACCAAUGCAAGAGUGAUACUUUAUAGCAGGGGUGGCCAAACUUGCUUAAUGUAAGAGCCACACAGAAUAAAUGUCAGAUGUUUGAGAGCCGCAAAACAUGACACAUUGAAGUGACUUCGGAGGAAGAGACAAGUUUGUGGGAGUGUCUUGAAAGUGGCAUCACAGGAAGGGGUGGGGUUUUGGUGCAGUAUGCUGGAAGUGACAUAAUCAAAAGGGGUGGAGCUUGGGAAGAGUCAUCACCUGACCUUUGACAAAAGUGAUAUCACAUCCUUGCUAGGCUUCACCCCCAAAGUCCCCAGGUAUUUUCUGAGUCGGACCUGGCAACCCCAACAUUUUUUUUGAAAAUACGAAAGACAUGGAAAGAAAGAAGGAAAGAAGGGGAGGGAGGGAAAUAAACUAAAAUAAACUGUACAGCCACGGCAAUACUCAGAGACCUCUGGGAGCCGCACAAUAUGUCUGGAAGAGCUGCAUGCAGCUCCCGAGCCGCAGUUUGGCCACCCCUGCUUUAUAGGUUGUGAGGAUAUAAUUAGGUUAGUAAAUGGAUCCCUGUGACGGCCUCUUUCUGGCAGGUUUUUUUUUUUUUAGCCGUGGAGAUACAUGAUUAGCUUUCAACAUAAACAGAUCUUCUCUAGCUUUAGGCGAGUAGAAUGCGUGGUCUCUAGGCUGUAUAUAUAGCUGUAGGAAAUUUAUAGUUCCUCAUACACUUGGCAUUGCAAGAUAAUCUUAACAACAGUGAGUGGGUGCUUUAAAAAUCUUUGAAAGAGAGUUAUAUGUAGCAAAAGGCAGUCAUUCACAGCAGUGAUACUUUCCAUUUCUGUUACAGGGUUUUAAAACUUUAAAAAAUGUGAUCUGCUUAUAGUCAUUAAAGUAAACCAAUUAAUCUGA